UUUAAAGUGGGUGUGAGAGGGCGCCAUUACCCGCAAUGCUCAGUAGUAAACACCAGCUGCCUCAUGCUGCUGCUGUCUCUGCCCUGACAGACGGUCAUCACUGCUCCUCAACCUCCUACACAGUUAUCACGAAAAUCAUUAUUCAUUAUGUUUAAGAAGUUCGAUGAAAAGGAAUCAGUGUCUGGUACUCAACAACUGAAGUCAUCUGUUCAAAAAGGAAUUCGCCAUAAAUUGAUAGAGUCCUUCCCGUCACUUGGAGAUUACCUAGAAAAAAUAUUGCCGAAGAAAGAUGCGUUUAGGAUUGUUAAAUGCCAUGAACAUGUUGAGUUGCUUGUGAGAAGUGAUGGAGAAUUGCUUUUCUUCAGACAGAGAGAUGGGCCAUGGAUGCCUACUCUGAAACUACUGCACAAAUAUCCCUUCAUGCUGCCAUGGAUGCAAGUUGAUAAGGGUGCUAUUCGCUUCAUUCUCAGUGGUGCCAAUAUAAUGUGUCCAGGACUGACUUCUCCUGGUGCUAAGAUGUCAAAAGUAGAUCAGAACACAGUAGUAGCAGUGAUGGCAGAAGGCAAACAACAUGCUCUUUGUGUUGGCUUGACAUCUUUGUCUGCAGAAGAUAUUGCCAAGACUAAUAAAGGCAUAGGUAUUGAGAAUUGUCAUUAUCUUAAUGAUGGACUUUGGUACAUGAAACCUGUCAAGUAAUUACAGUGAAAUUUAGGAUAAUGUACAAAUGCUGAUAACUGCAUUUUUUUUUUCUUACUUUUAUUUGACCUGUAUUUCAUAAAGUUGAUAAAAACAAUAAUGCUUAUAAUUCACUCUUUUUUUUUUUUUCUUCUUUUUUUUUUUAAAGUAAAUAACAUUACACAUUCAGCAUGAUGGUUUGUGUAUAAUUUAAAGUAAUAGCCACUAUUGGUUGUUCUAAUUUCCAUCCACCUGAGAGGCUGGAUUGAUUACAUUAUGAAGUGUGGUAGCUGCCAUCAGCCUGAAUUCGCUCCCCUCCCUAAUAGUUUCAUUAUGAUUAGGUUUGGUUAUGCAAUAUGUCCUUUUAAUUUCUUUAACACUAGUCAUUUCCCACCAAGAUGUGGUGACUUAGAGAAGGAAACACACAAUCACUCAGUCUCUGGCUGUUUUUCCAGAAGUGCAUGGCUAUCACAAUUCCAGUGACCCAUCCUUCAGAGUGCAGGCACUCUUACUCUCCACUUCUAGAACUCAAGUCUGGCUAAACAGUUUCCCUUGAAUCCUUUAACCCUUUAACUGUUUUGGUCGUAUUUAUACGUCUUACGAGCCAGUGUUUUGGACUUAUGUAUACUCAAUAAUUCUAGCGGCUUCAGAUCAAUCAGAAGAAAGCUGGUAAACCCACAUGUGAGAGAAUGGGUCUGUGUGGUCAGUGUGCACCAUAUAAAAAAAAUCCUGCAGCACGCAGUGCAUGAGAAAAAAAAAACUCCGACCAUUUUCUUGGAUUAAAACGCCGACUUUGAGGUGUAUUUUCGUAUAGUAUUUAUGGUUGUAUUCUCAUUAUCAUGGUCUCCUGCGAUACAGUGGAAAACAUAUUACAGAAAUAGAGAUGAUUUUGAUUAAUUUCACGAUGAAAACGACCUUGAAAUUGAGCUCAAAGUAGUGGAAAUGUUCGAUUUUUACCAAUGUUGAAGAGUAAGCAAAUCACACCACACUUCCAAUACACAUCAACUGGGGAGUCUAAUUUUCUUUCACUAGUGCACUGAUAUUAUUUAUACCAUUUUUACAAUAAUGCAGUAGUCUGCAUAACAGUAAAUCUUCUAUUUUUUGUAUGAAUAAAAAAUCACAAUAGAAAGCAAUAGUAAUGUAAGAAGGGCCUAGAGACAUGACUAAUGAACAGAGGAUAUGUUAUUUUAGUGCCAAGAAUGUCUACAUUGUUUAUUCUGGACCCUAUUUUGAAAUUGGCAUCUUUUUUAAUUUGCAUGAAAUUGGCCAAAAUGCCAAUUCCUGACCACUUUAUUGGGUAGUUCAAAUCGGUAAAUGGGCAGUUUCUUGUACUCAAUUGAUAGAAAAAAUGGAGUGCUAAAGAAAUAGCUAUGAGUUUAGUCGACUGGAACAAUGGAAUUGGCCAAAAAUAAGGCUCAAAGUCGGCGAAAUCGCCGAUGCAUGUAUGUCGCCGAGACCGCUAACUUCGCAGGAGCAUAACUCCAUGAGUUUUCGACCAAAUUUUGUACUUUUGGUGUCAUUACCAUAGGGAAAAGAUUCCCUGUCAUUUUAUAAUUUUUUUUUUUUUUUUUUUUUUUUUUUUUCUCCAAAAUUUUUUUUACAUAGAAUGACAGUUUCAGAAAGGGACUUGCGACAGUCAAAGGGUUAAUAAAUACUUCUGUUCUUAUACAUGAACAGUACAUCAAAUCAUAAAAUUCACUUCAAUCUAACAUUCAAACAAGCCCCUACCACUUUAACCCUUUCACUAUUCGUCAUGUAGAGCUAUGUCAUUAAGGUCAGAGUCCCUGGCAUGUUUGUACAUCAUGAGUUCAGCUUACUCAGAUAAACUGUGAGUGGUAAAUUUUGGCCUAAAUAUGAGAGAAUGGAUCUGUGCGGUGAGUGUUUACUUGGAGAGGGUUUCGGGGGUCAAUGCCCCAGCACCAUAUAAAAAAAAUCCUACCUUGUGAUGCAUGACAGGUAGAUUAAAACUGUGAGUGCGAAUGGUUUAAGGUAGUGAUGCCUUGGUGUUUUAUUGGAUGGUUUUUAUGGUUUUAUCUGUUUCUUGGUAUCAUUUGAUAGAAUUGAAGAAAUACUACUGAAAUAGAAAUGAUUUUGAUUGGUUUAAGAACUGGAAGUAGCUUGAAAUUGAGCUCAAAGAGGCAGAAAUAUUUGAUUUUUGCUGAUAUUCCGGAGGAAGGGUAAGGGUUCCCUUCAUCCCCUUGUCGUUUUAUGGGUUUUUAAUAGGUUUGAUUCAAUUAUUGGGAUGCUGUAAACCAUAAAUAUUCUUUCCUGGUUAUGGUUUAUUAUCUGAGAAAUAGAAUAAAUCUAUUUUUGUGUGAAAAAUAAUUCAAAAUGGAAAGCAAGUGUAAUAAUUGAGAGGCCUGAGGACAUGACUGAUGAACAUUAUUAGUUCCAGGAAGGUCUAUAUUGUUUAUUAUAGACUAUUUUUAAAUUGGUAUUUUUUUAAAUUUGUGUGAAAUUGGCCAAAUUGACAAAUUCUGAUCAGUUUAUAGGGUAGUUGAAAUAGUUCAACAAGUAGAAUGGAAGGCAUACUAGCAAAAUAGCUAAGAAUUUAGCUGACCGGAACAACGGAAUUGGCCUAAAAUAGGACUCCUAGUGGGUGAAAUCGCUGGUGUGUAAACUGCGCGAAGACCUUUUGACUUUGAGUCUGCGUAAUUCUGUACGUUUCCAAUCGGAUUCUCUACCAUUUCAGAAGAAUUUUUUGGGGGGGAGGGAGGGUAAUUUUUGACAUGGAAAGGAAGUUUAAUUUUGGGGGUCUGGACAGUGAAAGGGUUAAAGGCAUCUCUGGUUUCCCGAGAUAUCUUAAGUACAUACCUUAUCCAGCCUAGCUUUGUACACCUACUUGGUCAAUCCAUUAUUUUUAGUAUUUAUAUAAAAUGCUAAACCUGUGUGGGUCAUUCAGUGCAAGGAUUGGUGGAAGCUCAACAUUUUGUCUGCUAGUGGUGAGACAGACACUACUUUCCCAGCCAGGCUUUACAAUCCUUUAUAGAUGACUCUUAGGGUUAUGCAGUGAUGGGGACUGGAAGGUAAUGUGGUAUGAUCCAAGGAAGAGAGUAGCUACAAUUCCUUAAAUCAAGAGCCCUUCACCAGCAUGAAGAUGACACUUCCCCCUCCCCCACCCCCCACCCCCUACCCCCAAUGAAGUGUAAAUAUAGUCCUCAAACAAGCCCACUAUGGAGUGAGCUUGUGUUACUUCAGUUACAGCAGUUUACCCUUAAAUGAAAGGAUACCAGUCAAGGGCUUUUCAUCCGAAGAAUUUGAGCUACUUCUUUCCUUGGAUUGAAUUUGAUGCUUUCCAUUUCCUGAUGCAGUUGCCUCUUACAGGUUUAGUGCCCUUUCCCAUGAAUCCAAAAUAAUAAUACCCAAUACUCUUAACUGUUUAACAAAUGUAGUUUUAGUACUUGCAUGAUUGCAAAAGUACUAAAUGAGUUGUACUAGUUUAGCACUUUUUUUUUAUUGAAGUGGGCUGGUUUAACAUGGUGUGAUAGUAUUUGUGUUGCAUGUUUAUGCUGGUUUUUACUUUUGUUAGUCUACUUUUGGUGUUCAUGUGUAUUUGUAUUUUUUUUUAUUGCCAAACUCACUGAGUGUUCUAGGUCAAAGCUCUUUCAGAUCUCUCUCACUUUCUUUACUGCUUAUUUGUGAAAAAUUAAAUAUAUGGUAGGUGCUUUAAUGAAUAAUUUUUUGGGAACAUACUCAUUGCAUGUGACAUAAAACUACUUUUCUUUGAGGAGGUGUGCCUUGUUGGAGAAAGGCUCUUGAUUGAAGUAAUUGGAACUUUCCUUCCUCUAAUCAAACCCAUUACCUCAUUCCCCAGGCAUUGUAUGACCCCUGUUUGUUUUGCACUUCCCUACGAAUGUAAUAAUAAAUAUUCAAUUAAUGUGUAUAUAGUAAUGCUGUACUUCUACUGUGAUACCAAUGAAACUGUUUUCAUUAUCAUCA